GAUAAGUGACGAAAUAUGUACAAUAAUAAAUUUGUUCGGAGAUAACGUGCAGUCCGUGCGGGACAUUUUCACAGUGAAUACUCCCAAAGUCGAAUAGGAAGUGAAAUAGUAUAAAAAGUGUUACAGGAAAGUUGCAAUAAUUAUAAAGGCAUCAUUCGUGAGUUUUGACAGAUGCGUGAAAUUCGAUCGAAAUGAGUGCAACGGCGCAACAGCAGCACGGGUCGGACCCAAUGAUGACUCUCAUGGUCCAUAAGCGCCAAACGAAUGCGGCUGUUGGGGGUUUAAUGGCUGUACUCAGUUAUGGUUUCUACUUCAUGUGGGGAAUUUACAUCCUUUAUAUUCCUAAUGAAUAUACAGGGAUUACCUCUGCCGGCCAACUUAUGAACGCUAACUUGGGAUUUUUCAUCGGAUUUAUCGUCGGAUGCAUAUUUGGCUAUCUUCUUGUUCGAAAGUUCCGGAAGAUGUUUAUCUAUGGUGUAGCAAACGUCCUUAUUGUAAUUAGCGGAGCUUUAUUUAUUCCGCAAUGGGAAACGAUAGUCGUACCUAUCGUCGCGCGCUACAUUGGCGGCUUAGGUCAAGGAAUUACUUUCAUCCCACUUUUGGUUCACACUUCAGAAGUGGCAACCAAAAAUCUGCGUGGUGCGGUGGUAGCAGUGACGAGCUGUAUGGUGGCAACAUCUCUCUUCGUAGCCAGUUGGUUUCUUUCAGUAUUUUCCUUGGUCGACUCUCCGAAUUUCAUGGACCAAAUAAUCGGUGGAAUGAUCGUUUUGUAUGGCCUUAUGGGGCUUGCGUUCUUGAAAUGCUUUACUUUCGAAUCGCCCGUGUUCCUUAUCAAAAACAAUCAAGAACAGGAUGCGUUUAAUACACUGAAACGACUUAGGCUAGAAACUCAGGAUUCAUAUGAAGUUCACCAAGAUUUCCAGGAUUUAAAAGAUCUCAUCAACGAUGAAAAAUGUUUGGAACGUGUAAGAUUCAGUGACAAGGGCCUUCGAUCAUUUUGUCGGAUUCUGCUUCUACGUAUCCUUUACGUGUUCUCGAUAUCAAUGCUUCUUCUAAGAUGUCAACUGGCCUUCUCACUCGAAAUGUCAACUGAAUAUGGGUUCGGGAUAUUAAUGACAGGACGAUUCAUAGCUGAAAUGCUCGCCAUGUACCUCAUAGAGAAAAGAGGACGUCGAAAGAUAUUAUUGGUUUCUAGUACGAUUUGCGGACUUUUGUUAGUUCUCUCAGGAAUUACAGCAUUCUCAGGCACCUCAUUUGAACACAGUCUUAUUGCACUGGCUGUUUUUAGUGUGAUAUAUCAGACCGUUUUAGGAUUUGGACUAAGCCCGGUCUCAUUCGUUUAUCUUUCAGAGCUAUUUUCAUUGAAAAGGAAAGCUGCUUCGAUUAUGGCUAUAAUGAUAAUUGAGAAUCUUUUCCAAAUCAUGUUUGUUCUAAUUGGGGAAUAUGUCUCUGUGCACAUUCCAUCAUUUCUAUUUAUUACUGGAGUAAUACAAAUCGGAGGCGGAGUUUAUUUAUAUAAAACAUUGCCCGAAACAAAAGGACUGUCUUUGCGUGAAUGCUUGCAUGCCGUCGAAAGUUGAAUAAACUUCUUGAAAUGCUGAUAUUUGAAUUUUGUUUUAUUAAGAUAUUUUUUCACUUUUAUUCACAAUAAAUAUUUUAUUUUCUAUGCUUUGUAAUAUACUAUAUUAAAUAUUUAUAUAAAAUAAAAACAUUAAAAGUGUU